AUGAAUUUGUAUAAUUCUCCAAACUCGUCUUGUUAACUUGAUUUUGAAGAAUAAUAUAAUGUGUAAUGCCCAUUUAAGCCUAAAAUACCUUAUACAGUUUAAAAUACGUUCGUUUAAGAAAUUGGUUAAGCAAGCUAUUUAAGUCGGUAACCUUCAGAACAUUUAAAACAUAAUAUGGUUGGUUAGAACAUAGCAAAUAACAGUGAGUAUUCGUGUUGUGAUAAAUUUGAGUAGAUAUCUCAAAAAUAUGAAUCUUCAUUACAAGCUCAAAUAAUCACAAUGUUAUAAUUAAAUGAAUUGAUUGAUGAACAUUCAAUUCUUUUAGAAACAUAUUUAUAAAAAUAGAGAAUUCAUAUAGAUAAACAAAAAUUGCCAAUAAUAUGUUAAGAAUAAUAAAAUUCAGAUUCUUAGUGGAAAUAGAAGUGGGAAUAAGAGAAUAGACUAAAUCAUCAAAGAAAUUAAAAAAUAAAGUUAAUAUUAAAAUUAAUAAAAAUAGCGAGUUAAAGAAAAAACUAGAGGGACUUGAAGAAUAAUGUGUUUAAACAGAGAGUUUCUAGAUUACAUUAGAAUUAGAUUCUUGGAGGAAUAAAUAUUAAAAUUUGACAAAGAUUCACAAUGAAACAGCAGAAAAACUUAAAGUAUUAGAGAUUGAAUUAGAAUAAUUAAAAUAAAGUUAACCUGUAGAGGAUAGUGAUUAAUCGGUAUUGAAUUAAAUUAAUAUUAUAUAUAGAAAAGGACAUCAGUAAUAUCUACAAGGAGAAGACAAACAAAAUAGAUUGAGUUGUGA